UCUUGAUAGCUCACUAAUGCACUAUAUAUGCUCCGACAUGCGACCGUUCUCAGUUGUUGAAAACAAAGGAUUUCGUAAUUUUGUCAGUACAUUGGAUCCUCGCUACGAGCUGCCUUCUCGUAACAAAUUGAGAAACACAUGCAUGCAAGACUUUUACACAAAUAUGAAAGACAAAUUACACUGUAUUCUGGACCGAGUGGACUAUUGCGCUAUAACAACAGAUUGCUGGACGUCACGGGCUAACGAAAGUUAUAUGACAGUCACUUGCCAUUUCAUCAAUGACAACUUUGAGCUAAAAGCAGCUGUUUUGUCAACCAAAAAUCUCAUUGACGAAACCAACCACACGUCGCAAAAUAUUGCAAAUUCUUUGCGCGAAGUCCUUGUGGAAUGGCAAGUUAUUGACAAAGUCAGCGCAAUUGUUACAGACAACGCGAGGAACGUUGUAAAAGCAUGUGAGAUUCUACAAAAGCGAAACGUGCCUUGCUUUGCUCAUUGCAUUAAUUUAAUUGUCCAAAGCUGUUUUUCCCUUGAAAAUAUUAAGACAAUUAUGGGAAAGUGCAAAAGCAUAGUUUCGUUUUUCAAGAGCAGCUCAAUAGCGUAUGCAAAAUUUAAGCAAGCCCAGGAACCAAUGAAGCCAUAUAGUCUAAAACAGGAGUGCCCUACAAGGUGGAAUAGUGCUUUCUACAUGAUUGAGCGCAUUUUGGCCACAAAGUCAGCUAUUGCUAAAGUCCUGUUAGAUACUCCGAAAGCAAUACUACCUCUAUCAGUUGAUGAGCUAUCUGUUCUGGAAGAUUUAAAGCAGGUUCUUUCACUAUUCGAGGAUGCGACGGUACAAACAUCAUCCAGCUCUAAUGUAACAGUUUCGCUAAUUAUACCAUUGGUUAGCGGACUUUUGCAUAAUUUGAGUGAAAUCAAAGAUCGACUAGAAACUGAUGAUGGCCGUAACGUAUGCAACUUGCUAAUGGAAGGCAUACGGCAAAGACUACUGCCAUAUGAAAAAAGAACUGUGACUCGUUUGUCGACAUUACUGGAUCCGCGUUUUAAAAAGGAGGGUUUUUUUUCAAAUACAAACUCUAUAGAAGCCGAAAAAUUUUUAGAAAAUGAACUUUCGCCACUUUACAAAGAAAAUCACCCUCCAAAUAUAUCUAGCCUGCCAACACCACUAUGCGAUAAAACUCCACUUCUUAAUUUUUUGGAAAAAAACAAAACUCAAAAAAUUCGUAAUUCCCGAGUUGAUUCGAUUUUGACCCUUCGUCAAUACUUCAACAUGGAAAAUAUAAACUCUAGUUUAAACCCUUUAGACUACUGGAAGAUCUCGACUGAUGAGCCAUUGAAGAUGAGCUCAAAAAAAUAUCUCUGCGUACCGGCUACGUCAACUGAAAGUGAGCGUAUGUUCAGCAAAGCAGGUUUAAUAGUGAGUGAAAAACGAAGUUCACUAAAGCCAAAAAAUGUGGAUAUGCUGGUUUUCCUAAAUAAAAAUGAAUGGAUCUCAAACAACUGAUAAGUUGAGUCAUUAUAUUUUCAUAAUUUAAUUUGUUUGAAAAACUCACAAAACUGUUAUGUUAAGUUAUCAUUAUAUUUUGGAUAUUUCAUUUGUUUUUAAAAGCUUUAAAUAGUGUUAAGUUAAGUAAUAAUAUUUUCGUAAUCUAAUUUGUUUUGAAAAAAUCAAAAUACUGUUAAUUUAAGUUUGUUUGAAAAACAUUAUUUUGUUAUUUUUUUAUAUAUAUGUUGAAUAAUGAAGUCAAUAUUAAAUAAAUGAAAAAAAAAAAAUUCUUUUACUAACUUCGAUGUUUAAUCGAUUAAUCGAUGUUUUCAAAUAAAAAACAUCGAAACAUCGAUGUGGACAAACAUCGAUCUUUUGCC